CAAAAAUGGCCGCCAUAUUUUUGAUAUGAUUCCAACUGUAGCUGAUAAUCUUAAAAAUUAUCUUAUAAACAACUUGAAAUAAAACAAACACAGAAGAAAAAGGACUAUAUAUGCUACCAAGGGCAUGAAUAUUUGGCCCAUACAAGUGGUAAAAAGGCCAUUUACCUUACUUGUCGCAAAAGAUGUGGUGGUAGAGCCAAAUUAAUGAUUGGUCUCGAUUUAAUUAUCACCAUCCAACAUUCUUUAGAAUGUCAAAACUUGGUAGCAGCCAUAACUCCUAAUGCAAAUCAAGAUUUAGCAUUAGCCCCUCCACCUUUAAGUUCAGUUGGCCUAGCCAUUACACAUCAAGCCCAAGUUUCAAUAGCCCCUCAAACUUCUAAUGCAAAUCAAGAUUUAGCAUUAGCCCCUCCACCUUUAAGUUCAGUUGGCCUAGCCAUUACACAUCAAGCCCAAGUUUCAAUAGCCCCUCAAACUUCUAAUGCAAAUCAAGAUUUAGCAUUAGCAUUAGCCCCUCCACCUUUAAGUUCAGUUGCAGCUAUUACACAUCAAGCCCAAGUUUCAAUAGCCCCUCAAACUUCUAAUGCAAAUCAAGAUUUAGCAUUAGCAUUAGCCCCUCCACCUUUAAGUUCAGUUGCAGCUAUUACACAUCAAGCCCAAGUUUCAAUAGCCCCUCAAACUACCUCUGGCUUUGCCAGAGCCUAUCAAACCUUUAUUUCAAAUCUAGGUAAUUCAGGAACUUAUCAAGAUAUAAAUGUUGGCAUUGAAAGUAAUACGGAUCUGCCUUUAGAAGUGGCCCAUGUAUUAAUGGAUUUACAUCAAAAUAUAAAUGAUCCCCGGUUUGUAAAAUCUCAAAAAGGAAAACCGCUUCUUUUUUUUCAAGAUUAUUUGUAUCGACAGGAUUAUCAAAAAGAUAAUAAAAUACAUUAUCGUUGCAGGAAAGUUGGCUGCAAGGCUUCAUGCAAAUUCGAUGUUAUAUACAUUACUUCUGGAUUGCAUGAACAUCAAAAUGAAAUUGAUAUUUUUGAAAAGUUAAGGACUCAUGAGGUUCUAGAGGAUAUAGUUGCCGAAAAUCCUUUAGAAACAAGGCAUUAUAUUUAUGAGAAAGCCAUAAAUAAAAGAUUUUUGGAAACCCCAAAUAUAAAUUUCUAUCCGGAGGCGAUGCCCUCAUUUAUUUCGUUAAGCUUAUUUCCCCAUAGCAUAUGGACUAGAUAUCAAGUCAAUGGUCCUAGAACAAAUAACUAUUUAGAGGGCUAUCAUCAUAGCAUCAAAAGAAAAACGUUAUGUCCCCAUCCUAACAUUUAUUCUUUAAUUAACAUUUUAAAAAGACAUCAACACGCUUCUGAGAUUAAAUUAAUUCAGAUUAAUAGCGGGUUGAAUGUUAAUCGUAAAAAUCGCAAAUAUAUUCAAUUAAAUAUUUUAAUACAAAAUCUUACUUCCCUUUAUGAUCGAAAUAUGGAUGUAUAUGUUUUUUUAGAUAAUAUAUCUAAUUUAAUUAAAUUGCAAUCUUAAAUCGCGCUUUCUUAUAUUUUUAUAAAUC